UCUUCUGACGUUUGCAGCAGAAUCCAGGAAGUGAGGAGUCGCUUGUUGUUUUUGGCGAUUGAUAGUCCUUUCACAUUUUAUUUGUUACUUUUCGCGGGCCAAAAAUGGCGACUUUUAUUUCUGUCCCGUUAAAGAAGUCGUCUGAAGUCGAACUAGUUAAACCGCUCUCGAAAUUCGUUACGGCGACAUACCCAACGGGCGAGGAUCAAGCUGAGUAUAUCCGAUCCGUGGAGGAGUUGAACAAGCUGCGCAAGAGUGCUCUGGGGAGGCCGCUCGACAAACACGAAAGCUCGCUGGAAAUCCUCCUGAGGUAUUAUGAUCAGCUGUGUGCCGUGGAGCCAAAGUUUCCCUUCUCUGAAAACCAGCUGUGUCUAACCUUCACAUGGAAAGAUGCCUUUGAUAAGGGCUCACUGUUCGGGGGCUCAGUCAAACUAGCCCUGGCCAGUCUGGGCUAUGAGAAGACAUGUGUGUUGUUCAAUGGAGCAGCGUUGGCAAGUCAGAUCGCUUCAGAACAAAACCUGGACAGCGAUGAAGGACUGAAGGCCGCAGCCAAAUACUACCAGUUGGCAAGUGGAGCAUUUGGUCACAUUAAGGACACAGUGCUGUCGGCUCUGAACAGAGAGCCUACAAUGGACAUUUCUCCUGAGACCGUAGGAACCCUCAGUCUCAUCAUGCUGGCUCAGGCACAGGAAGUCUUCUUUCUCAAGGCUACUUCAGAUAAGAUGAAGGACGCCAUCAUCGCUAAACUGGCCAAUCAGGCGGCAGAUUUCUACAGCGAUGCCUUCAAGCAGUGUCAGUACAAAGAGAACCUGCCCAAGUGUAUUUAUUUCCAGGAGGUGUUGCCGGUGCUGGCAGCUAAACACUGCAUCAUGCAGGCCAACGCUGAGCUACACCAGUCUAUCCUCGCCAAGCAGAAGAAACACUUUGGGGAGGAGAUCGCUCGCCUGCAGCAUGCUUCAGAGCUGGUGAAGACGGUAGCAUCUCGCUAUGAUGAGUACGUCAGUGUGAAAGACCUUAGUGAUAAGAUCAGCCGUGCUCUGACCGCAGCUAAGAAGGACAACGACUUCAUCUACCACGACCGCGUCCCUGAGGUCAAAGACCUGGAACACAUCGGCAAGGCAGCGCUGGUCAAGGCUACCACCAUCACACCUCCGCUCAGCGCCAAGUUCACUGACUUGUUUGAGAAGAUGGUGCCCAUGGCUGUGCAGCAGAGUAUGAGUGUGUACAGCCAGAGGAAGGCUGAGACUGUCAACAGACUGGUAGGAACCAUGAGGGAAGCUACUAACCUCUGCAACGGUGUCCUGGCAUCUCUGAACCUGCCUGCGGCUCUGGAGGACCUGUCUGGAGAUUCUAUCCCACAAUCCAUUAUUGAAAAGGCCCAUGCCAUCGUCCAGCAGGGGGGGCUGCAGAGCAUAGAGCAGCUGAUCAGAGACCUGCCGGAACUACUGACACGCAACAGAGAGAUCCUGGAUGAGUCUCUGAAGAUGCUGGAUGAUGAGGAGUCGACAGACAGCGAGCUGAGAUCCAAGUUCAUCCAACGCUGGAACAGAAAUCCCUCUGGAGACCUCUACAAACCACUCAGAGCGGAGGGGGGUAACUUCCGUAGCGUGUUGGACAAGGCAGUGCAGGCUGACCAGGUGGUCAGAGAGCGUUAUAAUGCACACUGUGAAAUGAUCGCUCUCCUCUGUAAACCUGAGGCUGAACUCACCGCUGCCAUACCUUCAGCCAACCCUGCUAAGACAUUGCAGGGCAGCGAGGUUGUGAGUGUGUUGCGUUCCCAGCUGUCCCAGCUAGAGGUGGUGAAGAGAGAGAGGGAGGUGCUGGAGACGGAGAUUAAGGGCGUGACCUUUGACAUGUCCUCCAGCUUCCUGACGGCUCUGGCUCAGGACGGGGCCAUCAAUGAGGAGGCACUGUCAAUGAGCCAGCUGGACCAAUCAUACGGCAGCUACAGCCAGAGGGUUCAAGCCAGCCUCCGCUCUCAGGAAGAGCUGUUGGGCAACGUGCAGGCAUCUCACCAGGAGUUCUCCAGUCUGAAGCAGUCCAACUCGGAGGCUAAUGAUCGUGAGGAGGUGUUGAAGAAGCUGGCCUCGGCCCACGACAGCUACAUUGAGAUCACCAGCAACCUCCGAGAAGGCACCAAGUUCUACAAUGACCUCACCGAGAUCCUGCUGAAGUUCCAGAACAAGUGCAGUGACAUCGUCUUCGCCCGCAAGACAGAACGGGAUGAACUGCUGAAGGAUUUGCAGCAGAGCAUCGCCAGGGAGCCCAGUGCCCCGUCCUUCUCUGUCCCCGCCUACCAGACUAACCCCACCCCCACCGCCACUUUACCAACCCCCGCACCAAGGACUGUCUUCCAGCCUCAGCAGCCCCAGGCGAAGGCCCAGCCUCCCGAGCGGCCCCCUCCCCCUGCCUUCACCCCCCAGGCCGCCUCCGCACCAGGCAACCCUCCCAGUAACCAGCCUCAACCAGUAAACCCCCCACCUAUGGCCCCUCCCUCACAGGCCCAGGGACCGCCUUACCCCACAUACCAGGGAUACCCCGGGUAUGCCUACCAGAUGCCUAUGGGUUAUAACCCGUAUGCAGCGUACAGCCAGUACAACAUGCCCCCCACUAUGCAGCCUAACAUGCAGCCCUACGUCCCCUAUCAGCAGGCCCCAGCACCCGGACAGGGGGGCUACCCUGGAGGGCCCUCCACACAGCAGCACCCCUACACCUACCAACAGCAGCCCCAGCAACCACCACCACAGCCAUACUACCCACAACAAUAACUGCUCUCUCACUCCUCUCCUCCAUCCCUCUCCUCUGCUAUAGCUACUCCGACCGACAGCAGAAACCAUGCUACUACGCCCAGCAAUAACUCCUCAAUCUCUCUCUCUCCCUUCUUCCUCUGCCUUACUUACGUUGCACUUCUAGCACUCCACCUUUGCUCUCUCCCUCUCCCUUCUCUCCCUCUACCCUCUCUCCCUUUCUCCUCUACCCUCUCUCCCUCCCUCCUCUACCCUCUCUCCCUCCCUCCUCUACCCUCUCUCCCUCCCUCCUCUACCCUCUCCCUCCCUCCUCUACCCUCUCCCUCCCUCCUCUACCCUCUCUCUGCUCUACCCUCUCUCUCUGCUCUACCCUCUCUCUCCCUCUCUGCUCUACCCCUCUCUGUCCCUCCCUCCUCUACCCUCUCUCCCUCCCUCCUCUACCCUCUCCCUCCCUCCUCUACCCUCUCCCUCCCUCCUCUACCCUCUCCCUCUCUGCUCUACCCUCUCGCUCUCCCUCUCUGCUCUACCCUCUCUGUCCCUCUCUGCUCUACCCUCUCUCUCUCCCUCCCUCCUCUACCCUCUCUCUCUCCCUCUCUGCUCUACCCUCUCUCUCUCCCUCUCUGCUCUACCCUCUCUCUCUCCCUCCCUCCUCUACCCUCUCUCUCUCCCUCUCUGCUCUACCCUCUCUCCCUCCCUCCUCUACCCUCUCCCUCCCUCCUCUACCCUCUCUCUCUCCCUCCCUCCUCUACCCUCUCUCUCUCCCUCUCUGCUCUACCCUCUCUGUCCCUCUCUGCUCUACCCUCUCUGUCCCUCUCUGCUCUACCCUCUCUGUCCCUCUCUGCUCUACCCUCUCUCUCCCUCUCUGCUCUACCCUCUCUGUCCCUCUCUGCUCUACCCUCUCUCUCUCCCUCCCUCCUCUACCCUCUCUCUCUCCCUCUCUGCUCUACCCUCUCUCUCCCUCUCUGCUCUACCCUCUCUCUCCCUCCCUCCUCUACCUUCUCUGUCCCUCUCUGCUCUACCCUCUCUGUCCCUCUCUGCUCUACCCUCUCUCCCUCUCUGCUCUACCCUCUCUCCCUCCCUCCUCUACCCUCUCCCUCCCUCCUCUACCCUCUCUCCCUCCCUCCUCUACCCUCUCUCCCUCCCUCCUCUACCCUCUCCCUCCCUCCUCUACCCUCUCUCUCUCCCUCUCUGCUCUACCCUCUCUGUCCCUCUCUGCUCUACCCUCUCUCUCUCCCUCUCUGCUCUACCCUCUCUGUCCCUCUCUGCUCUACCCUCUCUCUCGCUCUUCUUCCAUCCCUCCCUCUACAUACUCAUCUACGAACCAGCUCCUCUUUAUUUUUAUUUUUUUUCAUAUUAUUUUUCUAAUUAUUGCUUUAAUUCUUUAAGUCCUAACUUUUCUUCCUGCUAUACCUGACUUCCUGCUAUGGGCCUAGGUCAAAAAUAUACAGGUUAGGAUAAGAGGAUUCCAUAAGUCUUUGCAUGAAUGCAUAAAAAUUCUAAACAAUGGGACUAGCAAUGCGAGCCAAAAUGACUGGAAGUGAAUUUUAGCAGGAGAGAAAGUUUGCCAUCAAGUGGAAAAUUAACACAAUUGUAGUGAAUUUCAGCUAACUAGUGAGCAAACACAUAGCAUAACUGUUUUACUGUCAUUCUAUUCAUUUAAAUGUGUUUCUAGUUAUCUACAGACCCUUUAUUUUUCUGACCGAUUGUCACAUUUUCAAUGCUAAUCCUGUAGAAUCAGCAGUGGCGCUGGUCCAAUUAAUUUGUUUAUUUUCGAAUGCUGCCGCAUGGAAUUAUUGAUUAUUGCGUUGUCCUAACCUGUAUAUACUCGGCCUAGAUAUAGAACACUAGAGGAGCUGCAUGUCAUUCUUGGAUGAGGAGGGCGUGGCAUGAUUCCUUAUUUGGGAGCGAGUGGGAGGGGUCACAUUCAAUGUCACUGAAUGAAGAACCUGAGGACCCAGGGUGGUAUUCAGUAGGGAGAAAAAUUUUAGAAACGGAAUGAAAUGGGGGUUUACAGCUUGAACUUUUUGCAAUAAGAGAAGCAAUUCUUCCUUGUCUGUUUUCAAACCGUUUUGCUACUGAAUACGACCCAGCUACGAUCACUCAGCUUAACGCCUGGCGCUUCUAUAACAACUAUAUCAUAUUUUUGUAAUGUAUAAUACUUAUGUAAUAAUAAUAAUCGGUUUUUCUAAUUUAGAUAAGGACUGUUGGAGAUGCACUCUCGCUGUCUCUGUUCUGUCUCCCUCUCAAUUAUCACUCCUCUCUCUAUCACUCCCCUCUCUCCAUCACUCCUCUCCUCUCUCUCUCUGUGGGGAUGUGUCUUUCUGUUUUACAAUCAGAGUAAAGCUGUAAAUGGCUGUAGAUGUUUUUCUGGGAUAAAGGUUAUUAUAUAUAAAGACUGUGGUUAACCCAACAACACAGUGUUUCUCUUUGGUUCUAAUGUGAUUAAAACACCUCUGCAUACCAGA